AUGAAAAUUAAUGCAUAUAUAGAUUCUGAUAUUAAUACAGAUGCGGAUGCUUAUAUGAACAUGAACUCAGAUGCUUAUACAGAAGUAGACACUUAUAUGGCAGUAGAUGCUAAUAUAGAUGUAGAUGCUGAUAUGAACAUGGAUGCUAAUACGGACAUGUAUAUAGAUUUGAGAGUGAAUGCAAAUGUGAAUACAGAUACAAAUAACAAUACUUUUGUUGAUUGGGAUCUAGCUAUAGAGCACAUCGAAAAGCAUGGUAUAGAAAAUGGAUUUGAAGUUGUAAAACAUCGACUUUAA